AUGGAUCAACAACAAUCCUGGAGCUGGAGCUCAGCAAUGAACGCGCAAGACGGCGAGACGCGACAACGGAACACCACGGCCGACCAGCCACCGCCGCGCGCUGAGAACAGUCGUCGCUACAGCCCGCGCACGUGCCGAAUCUGCCUGGACACGGUAGAGCCGCAGUACGAAGACGCGUCGCAGACAGGCCGACCGACGUACGUUUCGGAAGACCCGGCUCUGGGCCGGCUCCUGUCGCCAUGCAAGUGCAAGGGCACGCAGAAAUACGUCCACGAGGGCUGCCUGCAUGCGUGGAGGGCGGCCAGUCCGACGCAGGAGCGCAAUUUCUGGCACUGCCCAACCUGCGGCUACAAGUACCAACUCGCCCGGCUCGACUGGGCGUCGCUGCUGAGCAGCAAGAUCACACAAGCCCUCCUCACCCUGGUGCUGUUCGCGUUCGGCAUCUUCAUCCUCGGCUUCAUUGCCGAUCCGGUCUUCAACCUGUGGCUCGACCCCCUGGGCACGAUAGGCGAUGCGUUGACCGCCGAUGAAGAGAACUGGGAGAUGCCCUUUGAGGAGCCGCCGACGUGGAUCGAGCACUUCGUGAAAGGCUUCUUUUCGUUAGGGAUCGUUGGCCUGAUCAAGUCGGCGCUGUUCAUGUCGCCGUGGCACUGGUGGCAGCUGCGAGGUACGGGCGUCGGCGGUGGCGGCAGGCGGCGCGGUACGGGACGCGGUCGUGUUGAGAACCUGAGCCUUCUGUUCGUGCUGCUGGGCGCAUUCGCCGCCUUGAAGGGAAUAUGGAAGCUGGUCCGAUCCCUCAGCGCGCGCGUGCUAUUACGCAUGCGAGACAGAGUCAUUGAUGUGGACGAUGACUAA